AUGUUGAAUUCAAGUGCAGCUGAACGUAACAAACAAUCUAUUUUAGGUAUUCUAGCAAUGUUUUAUAUAGAGAGAGAUAACACUAAACCCUAUAAUUGUAAAUGACACAACCUUUGUCAAUACAAAGAAAGAAAACCCCAAAUUUACAAAUAAUUACAGGUAAUACUGAAUUACAUUUCAUGAAACACUCAUAAUAAACAUGCAUGAGCAACCUUAUUAAAAUUAUUUCCCCAGAUGUCUUAAAAAACUUCCUUGACCCUUAUGAAUCGGGCAAAGUACUAGAAAUAGCUUCUGGAACUGGGCAACAUGUUGCCCAUUUUGCUAUCCAUCUCCCACAUAUCAUUUGGCAGCCAAGUGAUAUUGAUCAAAGUCAUCUUAAAAGGUAA